UUAUCAUAAUCAUUAGAUAAUGAUAAUCUAAAUUUCUUAUCACUGGUAGAUUAACAAUUUAAUGACACAUUUCAAAACAAAAUAUUUGUUUGGUCAUGUGUCGAUUGAUGUGUGUGUGUGUGUGUGUGUGUGUAGUAUCAUCAUUAUAUUCAAGGUACAUUCGAAUCGUAAAAUGGCUAAAUCAUCAUUACGAAUUGUAUUCUAUACAACUGAAUUGGUUGGACCACAAAAUGCUUGUAUUGGAUUUGCACAAACCCUCAAUGAUCGUGGUCAUGAUGUUUCAUUUUUUACAACAACAGAAUCAAUGCCGAAAUAUCGGAAAUUUGGUUUUAAAUGCUUGGAACUGAAGAAUGAUGAUGAUGAAAAAUCGGCACCUGACGAUAUGGAUUCCGUAAGUAAAUUUGUGAAAAAAUUGGCUAAAUAUGGUUUUCUUUCCGAUCUUACACCAUUGAAAAAAUUACGAGCAUUAGGUCGGUUCUUCGAGGAAACAUUUGCCGAUGCAUCACGAAAAUUUAAUUCACAAAUCAAGCAAUAUCUUCAAAAUGAACAUUUUGAUUUGAUCAUUAUUGAUUGUGAAAUUUUUCCGUCAAGUUUAAUAGCGGUAAAUCGACCAUGGAUCUAUUUAUUUUGUUCACAUCCAAUCGGAUUAUUUCAAUCAGAUAAACUUCCGCCGUUCAUAUCUGAUUUCGCCACCAACAGUGAUCCAAAAACAUGGGAAAUUUUCCGUGAAGAAUUGGAACGAAUCUUUUAUUCGAUUGUUCGAAAUGAACAACGGAAAUUGUUUGAAGAGUUUGGUCUACCAUCAACAAAAUCGGAUGAUCAAUUCAUAAUGUUAUCACCAUAUCUAAAUCUUUAUCAAUAUCCAAAAGAAUUAGAUUAUGAUGAUGUUAUUGAUAUUGAUAGGAAUCGUUUCUUUGGUGUUGAUACUUUUUGUCAUUUUGAAAUGGAUAAAGAUGGACAACAAUUCGAGAUACCAUUUCGUGAUAGAAUGAAAUCAGAUGAUAAAUUAGUGUAUUUAUCACUUGGAUCGAUGGGAUCUGGUAGUGUUGAACUAAUGAAACGUUUAGUACGAAUAUUGGCCAAAACUAAACAUUGGUAUCUGGUAUCGAAAGGAAAACUACAUGAUCAAUAUGAAUUGGCUGCAAAUAUGUGGGGCGAUAUAUAUGUUCCACAAACACGUAUCUUAUCAAUAGUAGAUGCAGCCAUUCUACAUGGUGGUAAUAAUGGAUUCACUGAAGCUUUGUAUCAUGGUAAACCUGUAUUGAUAAUGCCAAUGUUUUAUGAUCAAUAUCAUAAUGGUGUACGUGUGGUAGAGAAAAAAAUCGGUUUAACAUUGAAUCCAUUUCGUUUCGAAGAUCAUGAACUUGUCGAAGCUAUUGAUCGUUUAUUGUCUGAUGAUCAAUUUCGUAAUCGUGCCGAAAAAAUUGCCAAAAAUAUCAGUGAACGUCGUAGUAAAGAAGAGGCAUGUAAAAAAAUUGAAAAAAUUGUAGAAGAAUUUGUUGAUUCUAAGCAAACAAAAUGAUUUUCUAUAUUGAAAACAACUUGAAAAAUUGCUUUGAAAUUAUUUAUCCAUCUUUUUGUAGCUAGCUAGAAUUUAAUUUUAAAAAAAUAAAUAAAAUUCAAAUUUCAAAAAAAAA